AACCAAUCAAACGGAUUCCCUGAAAAAAACCUCGUUCGAUUGUGCUUCUUCCCACCACUUCAGCUCACACUAAUUAAUACAUCUGAUAUGCAUAUAUAGAGGUCAAAGUUUUUAAAUUCGUUUCAGUGCGGAUCAAAUCAAUAAACGAUUCACAUUACAUUUAAUUUCGUAUUUAGCGUUUUAUUUUUCAAACGAUUUCCAACAAGAAAAUGAAGAACUGUGUCCUAAUUUUGUGCUUAAUUUUGAUUAUUGGAUUUACGACAUCCUCGCCAGUUGGGAAUGGACCGUCACAAGACAUGGCAAAAAGACUCAAAAGAGAAAUCCCUAUCGCGGCCGAUCUAAAAAACACCCCGUGCGCCCCCAACGAUUAUUUCAAACUCGAGUGUAACACCUGCUACUGUAACAUCGAACGUAGCGGUUACCUGUGCACGGAGAACUUCUGCCCGGACUAUGUGCCGGACAAAACCUCAGAAAUCCGCCUGUCGAACGACACCAAAGUGGUGAUAACCAACGGCGACGUGAAAUUGGUGAAGGAGAACGCCAAAGAGGCUCAGAUUGACAACAACCUUUUCAUGUUACCGCAAGGGAGGGAUUUAAAGUUACCUGUUGACGGUAGUUUAGAAGGUGUUACGGCAAAAGUAACUGGUAACGGUACUGAGGGUGUUACGGGUAAUGCAACAACGGUUUCGGAGGGUGUCACCAAAAUAUAAUGGCUUGGAUAUAGGAAUUUUCCUGUACCCCGGGCCAAAACUUCAAAAAAGACUGCAACGUUUGUACUUGUACACUCGAUGGAAAGAAUGCCCUUUGUACUCAACAAACUUGUAUUAAUUUGGAACUUUCAAAUUUGGAUGUACCAACCGAAAGUACUAGUACCGCUACAAGUACUUCCACAACAAAAACUGAAAAUAUCUCUUUAGUUUAGGUACUUUCUUUAUUUUAUUUUAAAGGCAUUUUUCUUAGUGUAUUGUAAGGUUUUGUAGGAUAAUUUUUGUCUUGUUUUAACAUAAUAAUUGACUUCUUAACGUUGUUUCUACAUAAUGUAUUAUUUUUAGUAUCGUUCUUUGUAUGUAUGUGAAAAAAUUUGAUUAAUCAAAAUUACUUAAUUUUAUGUUUACUAUAAUAAUUGUAAUGUUAAUUUUAGAUUCAGAAUUGUAAAAUUUUAGGUAGCUCAAAAAAUAUGUAUUUUUAAUACCUAGUGACUAAAAAUUAUUAAAUGUUUGGUAACUAUUGCUUAAAUAAAUUUUGUAACUCUGUAUUUUAACCUUGUGAAUGUAAAUGUAGUAAAUAAAUGGAUUUUCAAUAAAUA